ACGUCAUUUGAGCAUCUAUUUUUAGCUUUACGCAAGCGUAUUUUGUCAUAACCGCCAUUAGUAUAAUUUAUUGUAUGUUUAUUAGUUUAUUAUUUAAAAAAAAUAUAGAUUGCUCUAAGUAAAAAAGAAAAUGAUUUGGGAAUAAUCUGGUAUGAAUAACGCAAUGUGGGAUUUGUGCUGUAUAUAACGUUCUGUGCAAGAAAGUGUUGGAAAACUUAAUAAAAUGGGAGCAUUUCUUGACAAACCACUGACGGAAAAGCUUCUGGAAAGCGGCGAAGGUAACGGUCUCAAAUAUGGGGUUGCAAGUAUGCAGGGAUGGAGAUUGGAGAUGGAGGAUGCUCAUAUGGCCAAAACCCAAUUAGGUGAAGGUGAACUUAAAGACUGGUCAUAUUUUGCUGUAUUCGAUGGGCAUGCUGGGGCUGGAGUCUCCAAACAUUGUGCUUCACACUUACUAGAAGCAAUUAUGGCAACAGAUGAGUUCCAGGAAGAUACAAAGAAAGGAAUUCAUACUGGAUUUUUAGAAUUAGAUAGCCAAAUGCGCUCGUUACCUGAACUAUCAUCGGGAGAAGAUAGGAGUGGCACUACUGCAGUGUGUGCUUUUAUUUCUCCCCGUCUCAUCUACAUAGCAAACUGUGGCGACUCCAGAGCAGUGUUGUGCCGUCAAGGAGAGCCGGUGUUUUCUACUCAAGACCAUAAACCAGGCUUGCCUUCUGAAUUGGAUCGCAUUGUCAAAGCUGGAGGAUCGGUUAUGAUUUCUAGAGUGAAUGGUAGUCUUGCUGUGAGUCGAGCUCUGGGAGACUAUGAUUAUAAGAAUGUUGAAGGUAGAGGACCUUGUGAACAAUUGGUAUCCCCCGAACCAGAUAUAUUCGUUAGGGAUCGUGAUGAUACACAAGACGAAUUUUUAGUUUUAGCCUGUGAUGGUGUUUGGGAUGUUAUGAGUAAUGAAGACUUAUGCCAGUAUAUACAUAAUCGUCUUUUAGUUACUGAAAAUUUGAGUGAAGUUACCAGUCAAGUCAUAGAUACAUGUUUGUACAAAGGAAGUCGAGACAAUAUGAGUAUUGUAUUAAUUGUAUUUCCCGGAGCGCCUACUCCAACCCCUGAAGCAAUCGAGGCUGAGAAGGAACUAGAUGCUACCAUUGAAAGGAGAAUCAGAGAGAUCGUUCAGCAGGAAAACGACAUUGAAUGGGGAAAAUUACUUGUAAAGCUCAGAGCCCUUGGUUUCGAUGGAUUGCCACCUGGAGGAGGGUUGGCUUCGAAGGGAACAUUGAUGACAAAAAUCUAUAGUGAACUUUGUCCUAAGCAGGCCGACUCUGUUAUAAUAAUCGAUGGACUCUAAAUGAACUCUGGGAGGAUGAAUUCUUUCACUACAUCCCUCAUUUAUCAGCUCUUGUCAAGAGGAUACGUCUAAACUAGUGCCAAUUUCUUGAUAUCGAUGAUAACUUCUUUUUAUGUUUUGGACGAAAUAUACUUGGAAAAUAAAAUUAUUGAUAUUCAUUUUCAAUUAAUAUUUUAAUUAGAUUUAAUGUUUCGAUGUUUUACAAUGGCUCUCCCAAAAUUUCGGAAUAUCUUGAUCUCAUCAAUUAAUUCUAAUACCUUUCAAUUGGACAAAAUUAUAUUCAUUCAUUAUAUACUAGAAUUUUUAUGGUAAUUCUUCAGUGACUAGUUGAAAUUCUUCUUGAGCUGAAAGUAUCCUGGAAUAUAAAUAAGAAAUGCCAGAAAGUAUAUCUAUAUUAAAUAUUGUGUACAUAUAAAUAGUAGGUAGAUAUUUUUACUUGGAGAAAUAUAAAUUUACUACAUAAAUUUAACUAUCGAAUUAUAUUUUCAGGUUAUAGUUCAAAAUCUUCUCCAUUAAGUUACCUUUCGUUCGAAAUCAUUAGUAUUUAUAAUUUUCAAAUCCAUUGAUAUAUACUGAAAAUGAAACUGCACUACGGUGCAUGUUGAAAUUUUUGAUUCAAGAAUUGAUUUCAACAGUUCUGUAAUACAUGACAAUGUUAUUUUUCCCAAAUAAGAAAUGUUGAGUCCUAAUGAUAUCUUGUACAAUAAAUUUGUAAGAUAAUAUUUAUUUCUAACAUUCUUUCCAAAGAAUAUAUUAUAAAGCAAAGAUAUUGUUGACAUUGGGUAUCGGUUUUUGCACAACUAUUUAUAAGAAUUUUUUUCAUUUUGAAUGUGUUCUCUUAGGAUAUUCAUCACAAAUAAUUGGAAAAUUGAAAUCAUUUGUAGUUUUAUUUGUGAUGUUCACUGAAUGUAGAGGAAAAAUUGCGUACCUUUUCUGUAAUUUCCUGAACUGUAACAUUUUCAAUAGGUUGUGUGCAAUUGUCUGAUUGAUGUUAGACUUCUAGUUCCAGAUUUUUUAUCACUAGUCAAUGAAAUCACUAUAUUUAUAUAUAACGCCUCUUUCGUUAACAGUAGAUUAGCUCAAUGAAAUAAACUCACAAAUGAAAAUAAUUAUUGUGAAUUUUCAAUCUAGGCAUUUGUUUAAAUGAAACUGUGAAGUAAUAAAAAUAUCUUUGUA